AUGACCUUGUAUACAGAUAAAGGUGUUAAGCCAGAUCUUGGAGUUUACGAAGGUUUUGAUUAUGUUACCUUUUGGGUUGGGAAUGCAAAACAAGCUGCAUCUUAUUAUACGACAAGAUUCGGAUUUAAGCAUAUUGGAUAUAGUGGAUUAGAGACAGGAGAGCGAGAAAUUGUAUCACAUGUUGUGAGACAAGGAAAUAUUACAUUUAUGUUUCAAUCAGCAUUGAAUCCGGGUAAUAAAAUAUUGGGAGAUCAUCAAACCACACAUGGUGAUGGAGUUCGAGAUGUUGCAUUUACGGUUGAUGAUUGUCGUGGAAUAUUCAAACAUGUUGUAUCACGUGGCGCUAAAGUAAUUAAAGAGCCUUGGGAAGAAAGUGACGAAAAUGGUGUAGUUGUUAUGGCAACAAUCGCAACUUAUGGUGAUACAGUUCAUACUUUUGUUCAACGAAGUUCAUAUAAAGGAGAUUUCUUGCCGGGAUUCAAAAAAUUGUCUUGGCACGACCCUUUGGAGUCUGCUUUACCUGAAAUCGGAUUAAAGUGGUUGGAUCACGUAGUAGGAAAUCAACCUGAUUCGGAAAUGGUUAAAGUUGCCGAAAUGUAUGAAAAAAUUCUCGGAUUUCAUCGUUUCUGGUCGGUUGAUGAUAAACAAAUUCAUACCGAGUAUUCUUCUCUUCGAUCUGUCGUAAUGGCUGAUUUUGAUGAAGCUAUAAAAAUGCCUAUAAACGAACCUGCUUCCGGAAAGAAGAGAUCGCAGAUCGAAGAAUUUGUUCAAUAUUACGGUAGCGCAGGAGUACAACAUAUUGCACUCAGAACUGAAGACAUAAUUACAACUGUUAGACAUCUACGAGCACGUGGCUGUGAGUUCCUUUCCGUUCCCGCGACAUAUUAUGAAAGUUUGCGAGAACGACUUGCAUCUUCUAGUAUUAAAGUCACCGAAGAACUUGAAGUUUUAGAAGAAUUGCACAUCUUGAUUGAUUUCGACGAAGAAGGUUAUUUGUUGCAGAUUUUCACUAAGCCAAUGCAAGAUCGACCAACUUUAUUCCUCGAAGUUAUUCAACGAAAAAAUCAUCAAGGUUUCGGUGCUGGUAAUUUCAAGGCUUUAUUUGAAGCCAUUGAGCGAGAUCAAGCGGCACGAGGAAACUUGUGA